CCGGGGUUUUGCUAUUCGCAUUCAGCAUCACAGCAUGGCAUCGUCAUCCUCAAGCAACAGCGCAAACUACGACGUACCAUGGGUUGAGAAUUACCGACCCAGCAAGGUCGUCGACAUCGUCGGCAAUGAAGACGCCGUCUCCCGGCUCCAAGUCAUCGCUCGUGACGGCAACAUGCCCAACCUCAUUUUAUCAGGUCCUCCUGGAACUGGAAAAACCACUAGCAUCCUCGCACUUGCGCACGAGCUUCUCGGUCCCAAUUACAGAGAAGCUGUUCUUGAACUAAAUGCUUCAGAUGAUAGAGGAAUAGAUGUUGUGAGGAACAAGAUCAAGAUGUUUGCUCAAAAGAAAGUAACACUUCCUCCAGGCCGACACAAAGUUGUUAUACUCGAUGAAGCUGACAGUAUGACAUCUGGAGCACAUCAAGCUUUAAGAAGGACGAUGGAGAUAUAUUCUAAUUCUACUCGUUUCACGCUUGCUUGCAAUACAUCGUCUAAGAUUAUUGAGCCGAUUCAGAGUAGGUGUGCAAUUGUGAGAUUUUCGCGACUAUCUGAUCAAGAGAUACUUGGUCGUCUCAUGGUUGUGGUUCAAGCUGAGAAGAACUAUGCAUUACCUGGACCCUUAGCUGAUUUAGAUGCUGAUCCUAGUAUGCUUGGAGAAUUUUUUCCUUCUUUUCACAAAUGUAAACCCAUAGGGAAAGCAAGAGACCCUAGAAUUAAAAUCACCUCCACUGAAAACCCUAAGGCUGGUGAUAUUAUAGAUCUAAGAUAUGUGAAUAAUGGUUUCAGAGAUUUCUGUGUUACUCCCACCUUUAAAGAUCCUACUUUUUAUCUAGACUGGUUAAAUAUAGUAGAGAAAGCUAAGGCUCAGGCUUGGAAAGACAUAGGAAUUUAUGACCUGAUUAUGCUGUCGAAGCUGAAUUUAGAGUACAUCACUUCUAUGUUGAUUUCUUCCUUGUACUUAUGGGACAAUACACACUACACUUUCAACCUUCCUUGUGGUAUGGCCACGCCAACCCUUUUCGACCUGGCCGCUAUCACAAGGCUAAAGCCUACUGGACACACUUAUGAUCCCGAAAUUGACGAUAUGGACACCAUCGCCUUUUCGACCACCAGAGCAGCAUAUUCGACACACAUUGCUCAUUAUCAUGAUAAAGACACUGACGCCGUCUCUUAA